CCUCGGCGGCUCAGGUUAAUUUCAAUUUUGCCACCCUUAUCAGUCACUCAUCACCAGAUCAAUCUCAGACAUCUCUUCCUCCACCCAUAUUCCAUGUGAAUCCACGACAUCCAUGGCUGCCGAUUCCAGAUCCUCCAUCGAUCCGCGAAGCGGCUUCUCCCCUUCCACAUCCAUCUUCCACAGCAAGCGCAAACCCAUCCCCCUCCCCACCUCCACUCAACUCGACGUCACCACCUUCAUCUCCUCCCGCCGCCACUCCGGCACCAUCGCCCUAAUCGACGCUUCCUCCGGCCGCCGUCUCUCCUUCUCCGACCUCUGGCGCUCCGUCGCGUCCCUAUCCUCAGCCCUCUCUUCUUCCCACUCCAUCCGGAAGGGCGACGUCGUACUCCUCCUCUCACCCAACUCCAUCUAUUUUCCCAUCGUCUCCCUCGCCGUCUUCUCCCUCGGCGCCGUCCUCACCACCACCAAUCCCCUAAACACCCCGCAAGAAAUAGCCAAACAGAUCGCCGAUUCCCGCCCCGUCAUCGCCUUCACCAUUCGCCCUCUUCUUUCCAAACUUGCUGCCACUUCCUUCCCUAUCAUUCUUCUCGAAGAGGAUCGGAUCUCCGAGGAUGAUUCUCGAAUCGUUUCCACCAUUCGAGACCUGAUAUCUUCCGAUCCGAUUCAGUUUCGUCGUCCCGAGCCGGUUAUGCAAGACGAUCCCGCGACUCUGCUUUACUCGUCUGGAACAACGGGGGCGAGCAAAGGGGUUGUUUCCACUCAUCGGAACCUGAUCGCCAUGGUUCAGAUCAUCCUCAACCGCUUCAAACUAGAAGGCGACGGCGCGCCGGAGACGUUCAUCUGCACGGUGCCAAUGUUCCACGUGUACGGCCUGGCGGCGUUCGCGACGGGCCUGUUGGGGUCGGGAUCUACGGUGGUGAUCUUGUCGAAGUUUGAAAUGGGGGAGAUGAUGCGGGUGAUUAGGGUUUACGGCGCGACCUAUUUACCAAUUGUGCCGCCGAUUCUGGUGGCGAUGUUGAGUGCGGAGAAGCCUUUGCCCCUCGGGUCACUGCGGCGAGUGCUCUCCGGCGGGGCGCCGCUUAGCCGUGAGGUGAUUGAGGGGUUUAAAGAGAAGUAUCCGACGGUGGAGAUUCUGCAGGGGUAUGGUCUAACGGAAUCAACGGGGAUCGGAGCGUCGACGGAUUCGGCGGAAGAGAGCCGGCGGUAUGGUACGGCAGGGCUGCUCUCACCGAACACUGAGGCUAGGAUCGUCGACCCGGACACCGGGAAGUCGUUGCCGGUGAACCGGACCGGCGAACUUUGGCUGCGCGGUCCAUUUGUCAUGAGAGGUUAUUUCAAGAACCCCGACGCCACACAAUCAACUCUGGAUGCGGAAGGGUGGCUAAGGACUGGGGAUCUCUGCUACUUCGACGAGGAUGGCUAUCUCUUCGUUGUUGAUCGCCUCAAGGAAUUGAUAAAAUAUAAGGGAUACCAGGUUCCUCCUGCCGAGCUAGAGGCCCUCCUGCUGACCCACCCAGAGAUAACCGAUGCCGCCGUGAUCCCGUUCCCGGAUAAGGAAGUGGGGCAAUAUCCAAUGGCGUAUGUGGUGAGGAAGGCCGGCAGCGGGUUGUCGGAGACGGCAGUGAUGGAGUUCGUCGGAAAGCAGGUGGCGCCGUACAAGAAAGUCCGGCGGGUGGCGUUUGUCAAGGAAAUCCCGAAGAACCCAUCGGGAAAAAUUCUGCGGAAGGAUCUCAUAAAGCUUGCCACCUCCAAGCUCUAAACAAUUACGCGACUUUUCCUUUUCGGCUACAGUUUCUUCAUGGGAUCAGAAUGUUGAAAAUCGAAAUGGCAUAUAUAUCUGCAGUUAUGAGAGAUUGUAAUAGUUUUUGGACAUUUUGGUGGCUGUAGUUACAGAACUGUAAGAGUGUUUUAUAAGACCAUCUCUCUUUCUUAUUUUUUAACUUACUAGAAUAUUGUACAUCAGUGAUUACUUAUUGGUUAAAAAAUAAGAUCCAGGUUUUUUUG